AGCAGAAGAAGAAACUCUCAACAUGGGGAUUCGCCGCCAGCUGUGUUUUCUUGCGAGCUUGGUGCUUGCUAUUCACGCUGCACCGACUUUAAAGCCCGUUGACGAUUAUAAUAUCGCAAAGGAAUAUUUGAUGAGCUUCUACAAUCUGGUAUAUAAGCCUCCUGAUUCCACAGCCCGGCAGCCAGAUCCACUACCCGAUACAUUGAAAGAGAUGCAGAAGUUUUUCAGGCUUAAGGUCACUGGAAAGCUGGACAAAAAAACACUGGAGGUGAUGAAGAAGCCCCGCUGUGGAGUUCCAGAUGUUGCUGCGUACUCCACAUUUGGAGGCAAACCCAAAUGGCAGAAAAACAAGCUCACCUACAGAAUCGUGAACUAUACCCCUGACAUGUCAAAUGCUGAAGUGGAUAAAUCCAUAAAGAAAGCCCUGCAGGUCUGGGCCAAAGUCACUCCUCUGAGAUUCACUCGUAUCAACAACGGCACAGCUGACAUCAUGAUCUCCUUUGCUACAAGGGAUCAUGGCGAUGCUCAGCCAUUUGAUGGACCACAAGGCACUUUGGCUCAUGCUUUUGCUCCUUCUCCUUCUCCUGGAAUCGGUGGAGAUGCACAUUUCGAUGAUGAUGAGCUUUUUACCUUGGGCUCAUCAAAAGGUCCUGUCCUGUUCUUGGUGGCUGCACAUGAGUUUGGUCACUCUUUGGGUCUUUCUCAUUCUGAUGUUCGUGGUGCUCUGAUGUUUCCCACAUACAGCUUUACUGAUCCGGAUCGUUUCUCUCUGUCAAGUGAUGACAUCAAACGGAUUCAGUCGAUCUAUGGUCUAACUGAUUCAGAACCAGAUUGUCGGAACCUGGUCUGGGAUGCAGUGACGACUUUUAAGGGAGAAACAAUGUUCUUUAACGACAGAUUUUUCUGGCGUAGAUCUCCGAGCAGAAGUGCAGCACAACUACUGAUCAAAAGUUUCUGGCCCAACGCUCCAGAUAAUAUAGAUGCUGCUUAUGAGGAUCCAGUGCAAGAUAAACUUUUCCUAUUCAAAGGUAAACAAGUCUGGGCGUUUAAUGACAAAAAUCUUGAGCCCGGCUAUCCUAAACCUCUCAGCAGCUUUGGUCUGCCAGCAUCUGUGACAAAAGUUGAUGCUGCCGUCCACAACAAGAACUCAGGAAAAACACUGCUCUUCUUUGACAUAUAUUACUAUAGCUAUGAUGAGAGGGAAAAGAAGAUGGACAAAGGGAAUCCCAAACGACUGGAAAAUGGAUUUCCAGGGUUGACUGGAGAGGUUACAGCAGCCCACAUGUCCAACAAUAACAUUUAUCUCUUCAGUGGGGCAAAUUUGUUUGAGUUCAGCUCCAGCAACAGAAAUCUCCUUCGUUUGCUGAAGAGCGAUCACUUCUUGCCCUGUUAGUCAAGUUCCCUGAAACAUGGAUGGAGAUGGAGUGUAACGCUGUAUUUUAAAACUACAGCACUUACUUUAAUACAUGUGCCUAAGAAACAUUCAAAAUUAAUUAAUUGUUCAUUGUAUCUCUGCAACCUGCUGUUCAAAAUUGUCACUGGACUUCUAAUUUACUGCUGUUACCAUUUUAAAAGAAUGCAUAUUUACAGGAUCAUUUUAAUGUUAUUGACUAUUUUCAAAUAAAUUAAAGAGCUUAGCCUAAUUUAAGAGUAUGUCAGCAUGCUCAUUUUGGCAGGGACAUACUCAGACCCAGAGCCUUUCAGACUCAAAUAACAUUUAAUCUAAAACCAACAUAAAUUAUAAACUUCGUAAAAACUGAUAGAUCAAAUCAUCUAUAAACCCAACAACACUUUUUUUUUAAUGUCAGAUCACAGCACAUUUUGUAGUUGAUAUAUGAAGUGUUUCUGAAUAUGAGCUUUUAAAGGAAUGGAUGAGUAUGUGUCUUGUUACCACAAUGUGUAUGUAUAAUAAAAACAAGCAUAUUAUUUCUGUCACA